AAUUAAAGUUCCUGGUAGGUGCAGCUGAAUAGGCACCCGUGAAUCUGUUCUCUCGGACUUAGAUGCCGGCCUCUUCUUUUAAUGUGACUCCAGCAACGAUGUGGGGGGGAUAACUAAGGCUAGGGGCCUCUGCUUCUGUCCCGGGAAGAUGUUCUCCAAGAACCGCUUCAAUGGACAACACGGAACACCCGUUGCACCCAAAGGGGACACCAAGGAACGGGUUCGUAAAAAGAGGGCCCCCAACCCCAGGGUAGCGCUUGUCAUUCGGGAGAAGAUCCACCGCCUGCUCCAAGGAUCCGGCCAGGAACUACCCGCCCCAGACCUUUACUAUGCUGGGAUCGAGGAGGAGGGGGGAGGAGAGGGACAGGAGAAGAGAAAGGAGGCCACAAAUAUUUUUGUGAGGUGUGGGCCCAGAGAGGAAGUUUGCUCCUCAAGGAUCCCCACCUGUAAGGCACAUGGAGGGGUGUCUGGGGCUUCCUGCAUUGGGGAGGUGGAGCUGAACAGAGAGGGCUGUGUCAGGAUCCCUUGCACUCUGCAGCACAACAGCAGAAGCCAAUCUCCAGGGAAGCAGAAAUUGACUAUCCCAGACGGGAUUAGGACUGUCCCAGAAAAGAGACGAACACCCAAACACCAGAAAUGGAUAAUCCCGGCAGGUAUCCGGACCAUUCCAGAACAGAGAAGAGAAGCCCUACAUCAGAACCGGAUUAGCCGAAACAGGAACAGCUCAACGUUUGCCUCGGAGGCAGGGGCAGCAGGAGGGAAGGCUGACUUCGGUCGGACCCGUGCAGAUCAAAAGAGACCUGUUUCUAUGGGUGACUAUGUGGAUUACAACUUCAACAGAACACGGCACGAUACUCUGCUGGAGGUGGACGAGGAAGAAGAAGACGAAGAGGAGGAGGAAGAGGAGGAAGAGGAGGAAGAGGAGUCUAGUGCCAUCAUCGAGCACAUUCUCAAAGAGCUGAGAGGGAUCAACAAAAUCCAGGAGGAGAUCUCGGACCUGCGAGAUUACCUUUCAUCCGUGCGUGGCUCUGUAGAGGAGGUGUCUUCCUGUGUGGAUGCUGUGCUCCUGGAGAUAGAGGGCAUACGCUCAGGAAACAAGGCUAGUGGCAGUCCAGGAGAUGGGGCUUGGUCUGGGGCAACAGGAGGCAGUGACGGAUCCUCCUUCACUCCUCACCAGAGGCCUGUCAGCGCCUACGGCAGUUUAGGCAGGCAGAUGGUGCCUUCGGAUUCCAAUGUCUGCCGACCGUCUGUCUUCAGCCAACGCCACAGCAUCCACGGGAUGCCAGUGGAGUUCCACUUGCCAACAUUAGAAGAGAAGUCUACCACAGUCUCGCCAGGCACCGAAUUAGUGGAGCCUGUUGGCCAGCAGCAGGAGGAUGAUGAGCUGCCGAAACACAGCAUCCCAGAGCCCACCAUGGUCAGCAAACUGAGCUGUGGCUACCUGGAGCGGCAGGACGACCAGGACUUCCUAAGCACCAGCUCCCUAUCCUCAGAACACAGCAUUAAUUCAGAGUCGGUCCUUGAGAGACCCUCAUCCAGCCACGGUGCAAGGCGUGGUGGUGCUAGAGGUGGUAGUAGGGGUGGUGGUGGGGUGGAGAGCUGGGGUAGCCAAGAACAUGGUGGGACUGAGAAGACUAUCUGGUGUGAAGAACAAUGUUAUUCCAGACAGAGGAGUCUGGAAGAGCAGGAAGGAGAGGGGCCUGCCUGUUUGGAGGGGACAGGGAGCUGGGAUCGGUAUAGGGGCUCAGAUGGGUAUAGUACUGGUACCCUGGCCGAGUCCUCCACAGGAAGCUCCGACCUCCACUCUCUCCACUCCUCUGGACUACACUACAACUCCCCCGCCAGCACUUCCAGUCGAGAGGAGUGGCGCUGCCAUAGACGGAGGCUGCAACAACAUCAUGGGACUCAAGUUCCCACAGACAUUCACUCAGAGUACCCCAGCCUGGGAUACAAGGGUGCUGCUGAUUGCUUAUUUCCCCAGAGCUCUGGUUACCACUCAGUGGAAGGACAUACAGAAGGAGUGGAGAGCUAUGGCUACACGGCUCCCCCCACAGAUCUCAGCUACACAACUGACUGCCAAGUAGAUAGUUACCUGGAGAACUAUUCUGGCCAUGAGCACGACAUGACUGACGAGUUUACAGAGGUGACCUGUACCUGGGGCUCACUACAGGUCACCUGUACUACUGUGUCUGAAACAGACAUGCCAUUGGUCAGUACAGAUGAAGGAGUUAAGCUAGGGCACAUCCCGCGCCCUAACAGCGCAGAGAUCCAAAACGUUGGUUUUAACGUGAAGCGGAUCGGGCGAGCCGUGCUGGACUUCAGCUCCGCCCUGCGGGAGGCACUACGCAAGUUGGAAGGACCCGGAACCGUCAAGAGUCCUGGAGAUGAGACUGAGCCCACAAGCUUUUUGGUGGAGUCUCAAACAAACCUACCCCACGCAGAUAUGUCCCAAACGUCAAAAGAGGAUGGGUUGGACCCAGGGGCCUUGGACAACACAGAGAGACUAACCCAGACCUGUGUCCUCUCCUCUGCCCCCUCAGACCCCUGCCCAGGUGAAACCAUGCCAGAGGAGGUCAACGACGGCCACCAACAGGCUCAGGAUGACCCUUACGGACCUUCUCUCCUUCCUUACUCCGGACAGGACGUUUCCCAAACAGGCCUAGACUUUGCUUCACUUGGCCCAGAGCCUAUGUUCUCCCCACCCAAUGAAGAGGCAGAAGAAAAAGGAGCCUCUCCUCUGCCUCAGGGCCCAACACACACCCCCACUCAGAACAUCUCUCUAUCGCAAUGCACCACUGUAGAGUCCCUCUCACUCUCCUUCUCGGCUGAGCAGCCGGCACCCCAGGAGGAGCAGGGAGACGAACCCCCAUCCCUGUCGCUGCCACAGCCCGACACAGAAGACCCAGAAGUCCCAGAUACGCCUGCAGCCCCAGAAGGCGAGGCAGCAAGAGAUGCAGCUGGAAAGGCAGAGAGAGCAGAGGAGCACACCCUGGAGAUAAGCCAGAGGGAGGUGCGGAGGCUGAAGUGCCUGAGGACCUUCCAGCAGAUCCUUCGGGAGAAGAGGGAGUCACGGCGCCAGCUCACCAGCAUGACCAUGUCCACCUUCAAGGAGGACAACCUCAUUCCAGAUGGAAGUCGACAUGACGAUCAGGGCCGAGACAGAGAUGGAGGGCCCAGCAAGCACCCGUGGGCCAAGCCUGCUGGUGCCACGCCCUUUGGGAUCGACAGUAUGCCUGACCUCCGCAAAAAACAGCCUAUCCCCCUGGUCAGCGAGCUGUCCCUGUUGCAGGCCAGGAAGGCAGGGCUCUCUGUGGCUACAAAUACAUCCAUCAAGGACCAUGAGCUGAAGAGCCACGUUUAUAAGAAAACCCUGCAGGCUCUGAUCUACCCCAUCUCCUGCACCACGCCCCAUGCCUUCCAGGUGUGGACUGCCUCCACACCCACCUACUGCUAUGAGUGUGAGGGGCUGCUGUGGGGCAUCGCCCGCCAGGGCAUGAGGUGUGCUGAGUGUGGGGUCAAAGUUCACGAGAAGUGCCAGGAGCUGCUCAACGCUGACUGUCUGCAGAGGGCGGCUGAGAAGAGCUCUAAGACAGGAGCAGAGGACCGGACCCAGCACAUCAUCACAGCCAUGAAGGACAGGAUGAAGAUCAGGGAGAGGAACAAGCAGGAGAUCUUUGAGGAGAUCAGGGCUGUGUUCGCUGUCACUAAGCUGCUCCAUGCGCAGCAGAUGAAGACUAUUAAACAGAACGUGUUAGACGGAACCUCCAAGUGGUCUGCCAAGAUCACCAUCACCGUUGUCAGUGCUCAGAGUCUCCAGGCUAAAGACAGGGCUGGCUCCAGUGACCCCUACGUGACCAUUCAGGUGGGGAAGACCAAGAAGAGAACUAAGACCAUCUACGGAAACCUCAACCCUGUCUGGGAGGAGACGUUCAACUUUGAGUGCCACAACACGUCAGAACGUAUCAAGCUGCGUGUUUGGGACGAGGAUGAUGACAUCAAGUCCAGGGUGAAACAGCGUCUGAAGAGGGAGUCUGAUGACUUCCUGGGUCAGAGCAUCAUCGAGGUCAGAACACUCAGCGGAGAGAUGGACGUCUGGUACAACCUGGAGAAGAGGACUGAUAAGUCAGCAGUGUCUGGGGCCAUCAGGUUACAGAUCAGUGUGGAGAUUGAAGGGGAGGAGAAAGUAGCAUCCUACCACGCUCAGUACACCAGCCUGCAUGAGAACAUGUUCCAUUACUCUACUGACGUUGUGGGUCAGGGGGUAGUGAAGAUACCUGUUGCCUUUGGAGAUGAUGCAUGGAAGGUCUACUUUGACGAGGUGCAUCAGAAUAUCGUGGACGAGUUCGCCUUGCGCUAUGGCAUCGAGUCCAUCUACCAGGCCAUGACUCACUUUGCCUGUCUGUCCUCUAAGUACAUGUUGUCUGGUAUUCCUGCUGUGAUGAGUACUCUAUUGGCCAAUAUCAACGCCUUCUACGCCCAUCCUACGACCAUCACCAACGUCUCCGCAUGUGACCGCUUCAAUGCCUCCAACUUCGGGAAAGAUCGUUUUGUUAAGAUUCUUGACCAGCUACACAACUCUCUUCGUAUUGACCUCUCCACAUACAGAAAUAACUUCCCAGCCAGUAGUGCACCUCGUCUGCAGGACCUGACGUCUACUGUGGAUCUGCUGACUAGCAUCACCUUCUUCAGAAUGAAGGUGUUGGAACUUCAGAACCCCCCCAGGGCAGCCCAUGUCGUGAGAGACUGUGUGAAGGCCUGUGGUAACUCCACCUACGAGUACAUAUUUAACAACUGUAUAGACCUCUACAUGAGACAGUUCCAGCCCGCCCUAGUACCUCCCAAGCCAGAGAAGAAAAAGGAGAUGAAGAAGAAUGAAAAGGAGAAGAAGCAGGGAGAGGAGGGGGCUGAGGACGAAGAGGAGGAGGAGGAGGAAGAUGAAGAGAAGAAGAGGGAGGAAGUGAAGAAGGAGCCAGAAGAGACAGGGCCUACUAUCCACAACCUGGAUUUCUGGCCAAAGCUCAUCACCCUCAUCGUCUCCAUCAUAGAAGAAGAUAAUCACUCCUACACACCCAUCAUUAACCAGUUUCCUCAGGAGCUCAACGUGGGAAAGGUCAGUGGUGAGGUCAUGUGGACGCUGUUCGCUCAGGACAUGAAGUAUGCCCUAGAAGAGCAUGAGAAGCACCGUCUGUGUAAGAGUGCUGACUACAUGAAUCUUCACUUCAAGGUCAAGUGGCUUUACAAUGAGUAUGUGACCGACCUGCCUUCCUUCCAAGACACUGUACCAGAGUACUCUGCGUGGUUUUUGCCAUUUGUCCUUCAGUGGCUGGGUGAGAACGAGGAUGUGUCCGUGGAGUUCAUGCAUGGAGCUCUAGAGAGGGACAAGAGGGAAGGGUUCCAGCAGACGUCGGAGCAUGCUCUGUUCUCCAGUUCAGUAGUGGACAUCUUCACCCAGCUCAACCAGAGCUUUGAGAUCAUCAGGAAACUAGACUGUCCAGACCUCAAGGUCCAGGCCCACUACAACAGACGCUUCGCCAAGACCAUCACCAAGGUGCUGAUGCAGUACUGUGCUAUCCUGUCCAAGGAGUUCCCCUCCUACUGCCAGAAGGAGAAGAUACCCUGUGUGUUGAUGAAUAACAUACAACAGAUGCGGGUCUUGUUGGAGAAGAUGUUUGAGUGCAUGGGGGCUAAACAGCUGGACUCCGAGACAGCGGACAUCUUGAAUGACCUGCAGGUCAAACUGACCACUGUCCUGGACAACCUGAGCUCCAUGUUUGGCAAGAGCUUCCAGGCCCGUCUGACUGCCUGCAUGCAUCAGAUGGCUGAGAUCGUGUACCAGAUCGCGGGUCAUCCUAACCGCCAGACGGCCGAGGCCGACGCUGACAACAUGCUGAGGCCUCUCAUGGACUUCCUGGAUGUAAAUCUGAGUCUGUUUGCUGACACCUGUGAGAAGACGGUUCUGAAGAGAAUACUGAAGGAUCUGUGGAAGAUCGUACUCAGCUGCUUGGAGAAGACCAUCAUCUUACCUCAGAGCGACAAUGGUUUCGGAGCUCAGAUUCUGACCGUGGCCAAGGGGCUGUCUAACCUGAAGGGAGGGGGCGAGGCCAAAAGCCUUACACCCAAACAGUGUGUCAUAAUGGAGGUGGCGCUGGAAACUAUUAAGCAAUACUUCCAUGCGGGGGGUAACGGUCUGAAGAAGACCUAUGUGGAGAAGAGUCCUGAGCUGUCUAAGCUGAAAUACACUCUGUCCCUCUACUCUCAGAGCACUGAUACACUGAUUAAGACCUUCGUCACCACACAGCACACACAGGUUCAUAAUGAGAUGGCCAUCAGGAUUACUCCAAGUGAGAAGGUUUGGCCUGAAAGAGGUUCAGGAGCGGAGAAGUCUAUUGGUGAGGCCCAGAUCCAGAUAGACAUGGUGCCUCCAGGCAAAGACAAGAUCCACAAGGUCAACAUCAGAGUGAUAGCAGUGAAUGAUAUGAAGUGGCAGACAUCAGGGAUGUUCCGUCCCUUUGUGGAGGUCAAUAUGAUUGGUCCGCUCCUCACUGGCCAGAAGAGGAAGUUCACAACCAAGUCAAAGAAUAACAGCUGGACAGCCAAGUACAACGAGACCUUCCAAUUUAUCCUGGGUAAGGAGUCUCCAGACUGCUAUGAGCUGCAGGUGACGGUGAAGGACUACUGUUUUGGCCGGGCCAACCGUGUCGUGGGCGUGGCCGUGGUCCAGCUGAGGGAUGUAGCUGACAGGAAGUCAUGCGUGUGCUGGUGCCCACUGGGUAGAACUGUCCAGAAGGACGAGACGGGCGUGACGGUGAUGCGUAUCCUGUCUCAGCGGGCGGCCGACGAGGUGGCCAAGGACUUUGUCAAACUGAAGGAUGAGACACGCCCUGUAGAGGAGGGGAGAUGAUGAGGGGAUGAGGAAGGAGGAGAGAAGGACAGGGGAGAGAGGAU